GAGGUUGUCGUUUCGUCGUGUGCUUCACUAUAACGAUCGUUCCUUUCAGAUGAGGAUAUAAGGUGCACUCAUUGUAUUAGUUAAUAGUAAACAUGGUUUGUGCAAGUCAUAGGAGGCAGGUGUCUGAAAUACUAAGAACAUAUUCUAAUGCAUUACACACACCAAGAAGAAUGCCUACAAAUAAAUAUCAGUGCAAGAGCAAUGUGAAGUUAACAUCAUUCUUUGCUUUGAUUGUUAACUUGCACUUCAGUUUUGCGUAUACAAAAGAUAACUUUAUUGUUGAAGGUGACAAAAAUUCACCAGUUGUAAAUCAGUCACAAAAUACAAUAUGUUCCAAAACUGCAAUAGGAGAUGAUCUGAAACCAAAUAUUGUCCUGAUUAUGGCAGAUGACCUGGGCUGGGGUGACUUUGGCUCAUACUGGCCUCACACAGCUUUGACACCAAAUGUUGAUGCCAUUACCAAGGAAGGAAUGAGGCUCACAGAUUUUCAUGCUAGUGCAUCGGUGUGUGCACCAUCUCGAAGUGCACUCCUCACUGGUCGACUUGGACUAAGGACUGGAGUUGUGCAAAACUUUGCUAAAGAUGCUGUCGGGGGUAUUCCUGAGAAUGAGACAACGUUGGCAGAAAUCUUGAGGGAUGCUGGAUAUAGGACUGCUAUGAUUGGAAAAUGGCAUCUGGGUACAUCACCUGGUCACCAUCCUAUAGAUAAAGGUUUUCAGGCCUAUCUCGGAAUUCCAUACAGUAUUGACAUGGGCUGUACUGAUCCACCAGGGGCAAAUUUACCAGCCUGUCCUCCCUGCCCCCAUGUCUAG